GGGACUCUUCGUAUGCACACAGAUUCAGUCAUAUUGUGGCGUGAGGAAGGACUAUACGUGCUCACGUCUAGCUGCUGUCAUAAAUUAAAUGUGAAUUCUCUGUAAUCGAUAAGGAUAUAAGAGCGAGACGCUGCUCACCAUGCGCCAAGCACGGACUCGCAUCCGAAGUCCCAUAUCGCAACAACUGACGUGACAGCCACACGAGCCGUUUUCGCCGUGUCAUCUGGCCGCCAUGGCGUCCUCGAUCCCGGCGCCGGCCACCUUUGCCAGGCUUCACCACACCAUAAAGUACAUCCAGCGCAUCCUGGCUGAAGUUCACAAAAACUUCUCUCUUCUGGAUGGCAGGAGCCUCGACGAUUUCUUUGAGCAGGAGAAAAGCAAGCAGUCAUGGGCAAAGAGGAUGUUCGUCGACCAUAAAGACCUCAUAGAAUCGGCCACCCCGCCGGAGGAGUUUGACUGCCAUCUGCUCUACAAGAUGAUAAAAUACAUGGAUGGCUUGGCUAAAUAUAACGACCCUGCUUGGGAGAGCAACGCUAUGGACUCGAUCGAGAGCUUGGUAUACUUCGUCUUCCGUGAGUGGGACGAACUGAAGGAGGGCUUUGUCUUGUCGGAGCAGAGCCUGAGCCGGAGACUCGACGGCGUGCAGGAUGCCCUCGUUCGAAUUGUUUCCAAGAUUGAGGGAAGGAAAGGGAUUGAUCUCAAGCACUUGAAGGUAGAAGUACACAAGGAGUUCAACUCGUCAUUAUCCACGAGUUUUCCAUACAUUUAUAAAGUCUCAUCUCAGCAUUCAAUACACCGCAUGCUGGUAUUGCUGUACAAGCAGUUGAAUCGACUCAAUGGCAAAAGCGUGGAGGCUUACCGCAAAGAGACAUUUGAGAUUAGAAGUCCUCUCUUUGCAUUUACUCCGGCAGAAAAGAUGAUGCUGAGGAAAAACAUCUGCCCUGAGAAGAUGCCAAUCCGUCUGGUAUUCAAACUCCUUGAGCGUGUGUGUGGUCUGGAACGCCAGAAGAGCCCUGCAUGGAGCGAAAAGUCAGACAGAAUGGAGUACUUACUCACCCGUAUCAUUAAGAAUCAUCAGGAAAUUGUAUAUAGUGCUCAGAAUCUCGAUUAUGACUGGCCAUACGAGCUUUUCCAGCUGUUUGAAAAAGCAUUAGAGGUAACCAUGAAAAUCACUGGCAGGACGAAUCAAGAGAUUAUGAAAGAGAUGCCUGAUGAACCAGUCCAUCUGAAUGAAGCUUAUUCUUGUAGUGUUCUGUGCAAAACUCUCACUUCUUGUGAUAGUUUUGGCACUAUAUCUGACCCAGAACCUUCAUCGCUCGCUGCCACUCCACCAGCAUCACUACCGAGCCUAGAAAGUCUUUCUAUAGAUGAGAUCAAUAUUGCGUGCUUAUUCCAGGCUGUAUGCUCGAAGGGACCAGCAGUGAGGACGCUGGUCACUGUGUUCCAGUCAUUUAAAGGUGACAUUGCAAAGGUCAAAUCCGGCAAUAAGAAAAAGCUUGGCCUUACUCACGACGAUGUAAAGAAACUUGAGAAUGGGGAACCACUUGAAAAUUUAGACAUUACAUUGCUUUAUAAACUCAUACAAUGCGGCUGUGAAGGCUUAGCUCCCCAGAAUGAUCCUGCUUGGUAUACUCCAGGAGAUACACUGGAAUACCAUUUGUACUUACUAAAAUAUGAAAGAAACACACUGUUCCAUUGCAGGGCUUCUCUACCUGAGAAAGAACUGAAAGAGAAAAUGAAGAAAAUUUGGUAUAUGCUAAAAUACAUUUUAGACGAAACCGCAAGCCAAGCUGGCAUAGAUUUGAGUGUUCAAAUAUCAGAAAUUAAAAAAGACAUGGUUAGAUUGGAGAAACUGCCUAUUCGACAGGUAGAUAUUGAUACCUAUCGACAGGAGGUGAAAAUGCUGCGGGAGCAACUUUGCUAUGACCUCCUUCAAGAAUGUCGCAAGGAACUUUCUGAGAAGUACAACCAAGCCUCGGCAAAACUCGCAUCGCCUGUCACCUGGAGUUUACAUCCUGCGCACAAAAAGCUGACAAUUGAUAAGGUUUUUACCGAACCUGAAAUAGAUUACUCUCGGAGUGAGCUGAGAGAGAAAUCUAUUCUGUCUUUACUUGACAGCGAGCUGAAAAGUCCCAACAAAGUGAUCCUGUAUGGCGUAGCUGGGACAGGAAAAACUUCAAUAUGCCAGUUUUUGACAUAUACCUGGAUAAACAAAGAUGACUAUGACUCUACCUGUGAUAUAUUAAUUUUGAUCAAAUGCAAAACCACGAGACAAGAUAACCUAGUGGAUUUUCUAUUGGCUUUCCUUCCAGAAAGUAUGAAGCGGGUGCAAAAAAAUGACAUCAUGGUGCUAAUGCAGAAUUUGAAAGCCAUGUUCAUUGUAGAUUCAUAUGAUGAGGCGACUUAUCAGGCAAAGGAACUCAUUAGCGACAUUCUUCAUACUUUACCAAGGAGCACCAUCAUCAUAACCACAAAACAACACGCGGUGUCAUACAUAGAAAUGAAGGUCUUUGAAGCCACUGGUUCAGACUGCAUGCUUCUGAAAGUCCAAGGAUUUGGAGAGGAUAAACAGAAAGAGUAUGUGCGAAAUUUCUUUCAGCUAACAUUGACGUCAGCUACAAGUGCCAGUGAAAAGGCAGAGGCAGACAAAAUGUGCACUGAAAUGGAGACCUAUCUAGACUCUCUUGACAAAUGUCAUCGUGAGUUCGUAUCGCUGCCUCUAACUCUGUCGCUCUUGGUCAUUUUGUGGCAAGAUAACUCCAAGAGUGCCAAGGAAGCUACAACACUAACCAGGCUGUAUCAGAAGAUAAUCAGGUACACUUUGAAGAGAUUCGCUCCUGAAGAUUCGGAUGUGCGUCGAUGGAUUUUAGCUCUUGGCAAAAUAGCUUGGCAGAGUCUGAACCGGAGCAGCCAGUGCCUCACCAACAAGGACGAGGAGAAGCUGAUGGACCUGGGGGACAGCCUAGGACUCCAGAAGAAGCAGGUGUUGACAGCCGUCUUACAGAGUACAAGUGAGGAUUCUACAUUAGAUAAUAAGAACUACUGGACAUUUUCUCACAAUUCCCAGCAGGAGUUCUUUGCAGCUGAGUACCUUGUAAGGCAAAUUGUGUCGCAUGACAAAGUGUUGUCUGUAAUGUUAGAGAGCUGCAAGGCAAAUAAAUUACAUCGAUACUUACAAGUAAUCGAGUUCGUUGCUGGAUUGUUAGCGCUGGAAGAUGAGCUGUCGUUAGAAAGGGCUGAUGACAUUAUCGGUCUUAUUUCUGAUCAGACUCCAUGUGCUUUUGAAGUGAUCAAGAGACUGGCUCAUGACAUCAGUUCAGAGAACGAGCAUUUCCACAGUAGAUUGAAGAACCUUUUCCAGGACAAAGAACUUCGACGUACUCUAGAUAAUUUCGAUCCAGACUGCGUUCAAUGGAUCAUAGAAAACACUGCCAUCAGAGUUCCUGCACAGGUAAUGCUCAUUAAUUCUGCACGCUCCGUCGUCAAAAUGAAAACGCUGUUGCACACACUAACCCAGAAGUCUAGCAAACCUCACAUCAUUGCAACAAUUGACAAUAUGAAUGAUAUAGAGGACUUGAUGACUUUCAUCGAAGACCUCUUUGAGCUCAGCGUGGGCUAUACGCUCCACAUCCAAAACUCGGUUGAUCUUCACAUGUUGAUUAGGACCUGGAACUGGCACCGGCCUCUGUGCCUGCGCUUCCCCCAAAUUCUCUUUCCUCUCCUUUGGUGGGAGUUAAAGGUAUCCCUAAUGGCAGCAGACAUCAAGCUCUCAAGCAUUAAGUUCAGUGAAGACGUGACUCAUGCCGUAGACUUCAGGAGAGGGGUGGAGCAGCUGGGCCUCGAGUGGGUCGCCGAUUCAUCCCUCGACGCCAGUGAGGUUGUGGUUACUAGUGGACAUGUAGGAGAGUAGUCAUUCCAAAAGACUGUGUGUUAUCUGUCAUGCCAGAUUCUUUGUCUUCUGUCGUUCCAGAUCUUAUGUAUUCGGAGAACAUUAUUUUUCAUCUCUCAUUCCAAACAUUUUGGGUUUUGAGAAGCAUUGUUUGUUAUCAGUGACUGUAAAUAACCAUGCGACUGCCCAUUGUUAUCAGCUCUCUUUCUGCUGCUGCUUAAGUAUUGCUGGCUUUUUUUUAGCCAUUCAAGCAAGAACAGAAUGACAUGCUCAACUAUAAUGGAUCUGUGAUUUUAGUAUUAUUUUUAUAUGUUAUAGAGGUGACUUCCAGGCAAUAUAAGCUAAUUAAUAGGCAUAUAAACGUAAAUAUCAUUUAUCAUAUACACUACUUUUGUUAUAAUUGCUGAUAUUUUGCUGGCAGAUAUGAAUUGUUUUUAUUUCUAAAUAUUUGUUGAUCAA